CCGGGCUGUUUCGGGGGCUCUGCAUCCGUAUGGCGAUUAACACCAAACAUACUUCCCAUUCAACAGAUGCUGCACUGGAUUUAAUCAAAGUUGUAUGUGAUCGCAUCUCGCGGUGGAUGUGAGCGCACUGCUGGAACGCGCAGACGUCCGUGUUUCUAUUGGCUCUGCGCUGCGUCGCUCACUGAAAUGACGAUUUCUGCUGCUAUAACCAGCUGAUGCUGAGGCUACGAACGGAUCCUCCGAAGAACUGUUGACGGUACACUGACCCUUCCAUCAUCGACGCUAUGCCUGCGGAUCCAGCUCUGAUCUGCCCACAGACCCGGAGCGGGGAGGACAUGUAAUUGUGUCACGACGCGCAGGCCGUGUUUAUUCUUCCCCUGUCGCAGGAUGUUUCUUCGCCUCCCCACAUAAUCGUUUUCAAGGGAAUAAUGCUCUCUGCUUCGCAAGCUCUGCUCCUUCUCCCCACACAGGCGACACACCACAUAUGCAGAUACCCCCAUGUGGAGUUUUGGAUAAAGGUACAGGAGCGACACAAAGAUAUGGAAUAAAGGGACACUUUGAAGAACUCAAUUCAGACACCGUAAUAAAAGGAAACUGACAUUUACUGGAAUAAUAAAUAGUUUCUGAAGAGUGCUGCAGAAAAAAAAAGCGAGGCCGUGGAAAGAGUCGGAGUAAAGAUGGCUCGUAGUCAGAGGCCUGCCAUGUUUCUCCAGGAGUCUGCAGCUCCCCCUGCCAGCUGCUGGUCCAAGCAGGAGUGUCCCUAUUAAAAUUGAAGCGGCUCAUUUCACCUGGUGGAGGAGAACCCGCUCUCGGUGAUGUGAUGAAUAAGUUUGAAGUCCUUGGCAUUGUGGGAGAAGGCGCAUAUGGAGUGGUGCUUAAGUGCAGACAUAAGGAAACCAAUGAGCUGGUGGCCAUCAAGAAGUUCAAAGACAGUGAAGAAAAUGAGGAGGUUAAGGAGACGACCCUUCGGGAGCUGAAGAUGCUCCGGACCCUGAAGCAGGACAACAUUGUCGAACUGAAAGAGGCUUUUCGCAGGAGGGGGAAACUCUACCUCGUCUUUGAAUAUGUUGAGAGGAAUAUGCUUGAACUGCUGGAGGAAUUUCCCAAUGGUGCGCCACCAGAAAAGGUCCGCAGCUACAUCUUCCAGCUCAUCAAAGCCAUCAACUGGUGUCACAAGAAUGAAAUUGUACACAGAGAUAUUAAACCAGAGAACCUUCUCAUCAGCUCUGAUGACGUUCUUAAACUUUGUGAUUUCGGUUUUGCUCGUAACCUGUCUGAAGGGACAGAUGCCAACUACACUGAGUAUGUGGCCACAAGGUGGUACCGCUCACCUGAGCUGCUGCUGGGGGCUCCCUACGGAAAGGCUGUGGACAUGUGGUCGGUGGGGUGUAUCCUGGGGGAGUUGAGUGAUGGACAGCCUUUGUUUCCAGGAGAAAGUGAGAUUGAUCAGCUCUUCACCAUUCAGAAGGUUCUGGGGCCUCUUCCUGCUGAACAGAUGAAACUCUUUUACAACAACCCACGAUUUCAUGGAAUCAGGUUUCCCACAGUUACUCAUCCUCAGACUUUGGAGAGACGGUACCAAGGAAUUAUGAGUGGCUUGAUGCUGGAUUUGAUGAAGAGUAUGUUGCUGCUGAACCCUACUGAGCGCUUUCUAACCGAGCAGUGUUUGAACCAUCCAGCUUUCCAGCCGCUCAGGCAGGCAGAGCGGGAAAAAUCUUCUCCUGCAUCUCCAAACCCACCCCGCUCGUCCAAGAGGAAAACACACCACCACGGAGAGAAUACUGUUCCUACAAGGAGUCACACCAAGAGCUCAAGUCGCCGAUCAACCAGCAAGGAAUGUUCCAGCCUCCCUCGACAUGGAGACCUCCAUCACCUCAGCAAUGAGAGUUUCCUGAACGGCAACAAACCGCCUCCGUCUAGUUUAAGUCCUACACUCCACCCCAAAGUCCAGUACAUGUCCCAGACCCUAAAUCGUUCAGCCUCUUCCAGCAAGGAUCUGGCUAACAACAACCUCCCACACCUUCUCAGCCCCAAGGAGGCAAAAAACAAGACAGAGUUUGAUUUCAACUUGGGGCCCACGACAAAGCUGCCAGAUCAGGGACAUGGGGGAAAGUACAGCCACAGUAAACCGAGCUCCUCUCGCUCUCAGCAGCAGCAGCAGCAGCAGCAGCAGCAACAACAGCAACAACAACAACAACAACAGCAGCAGCAGCAGCAGCAGCAGCAGGUCGGCCGCCACACCUUCCUGGAAAAUAAAACCAACACAUUACAAUCUGGUGCAGAGAAACAACAUGGCCGCCACGCCCACAGUAUGGCCGACUCCGCACACGGAUCCAUGUCUUCAUCUUCUAAAAGCUCAGCUUCUUAUCUCAGUCUGUCCAAGAGCCACGGGGCUCUUAGUGACGCUAAAUCUGUGGGGAACCUCAAUGAUGGUCGACUUCACCCGGAUGACCCAAACUCCAACACAUCAGCUGUUGCAGGACCCAGCGCCCGCUUCUUCCCCGCCAGCUGUUUAGACCUCAAUGCACCCUCAGGUCUUCCAGGACCCCCCGGCAGUCCCUCUGCUCGACACAGUGACCGAUCAGGACACAGCCCUGCGUCGCGUGGCAGUGGAAAUGUCCGUUUGGAAAGCAGCACCCUGGACUCCUCAUCGAGACACAAAUCCAGACACAAAUCCUUGGCCCCAGAAGAUGCUGGUGCUCCAGAGCUCCUAGACCCCGGAGGACCAGCGAUGGCCAACACUCACACUCUGCCUUCCCCACACGAGUCUUAUCAUUACGGCCUGGGCUAUACGUCCCCCUUUUCCUCCCAGCAACGGCCUCAGCGCCACUCCAUGUACGUGAGACGGGAACGUCACCGGCCACAUGGGUCUGAAGGGGUCAUGGCGGGGUUGCCUCCACCUGGGCAGGCGAUACCGACCCGGGCCAGUAGCCUCCAACUCCUCUCCCCCCAGCUGCAACAUCGUACCAACCUGACUGGACAUUCUGUGAGCUCUUCGAGAGAGGACUGUACCGAUGACAUGACGAGGAGUGAUCAGCCCCCUAAAGACAUGAGCCACCCUUGUGCCCCCAUCAAAGACUCUACGAGGGACAACUCUGCUGCUUUUCAUACACAGCGCUCUAAAAACGAGGUGGGUAUGUAUCACGACCCUCAUGGGGAGGACGCGGGUUCGUCCAAGGAGAACCGGAUGAUCUUCACCGAGUCCAUGCCCCGGAGAGUGGGCAGCUUCUACAGAGUCCCCUCCCCCAGACCGGAUAACUCCUCUUCUUUCCACGAAGGUGUUGGUCAGGGCAGAGGGCCGGGCGUACCCGUCGUGGCCGGCGAUCCAGGUGGCAUGGUGAACCACUCCAAGCGCCAGACGGCUUUUGAUUGGACUGCUGCAGAAGCGAUGGUCAUGAAUCCUCCAGAGCCCACCAAGGAGAAGCAAAAACAAGGCUUCUUCAAAGCCAUUAAAAAGAAAAAGAAGAAGACGCAAAUAACGGACGUGGAGGAUGGAAGGAAUCCGAGCAUCAAGAAAAGCCUUUUCCCUCUUUUUAGCUCUAAGAAUAGCUUAAAGCACAACUCAGCUGGAAAAAUCCUACCUGUAGUUGCCUCGCCUAUGGUACAACAUCAGCCUACCGCACCCUACCCUGCCUCACCAGUUUCUGGAAACGGACAAGAACACCUUUCCCUUCAGAGGAGCUCCAAGUCGUCCUCUCACCACAGCAGCCGACGGAAAAACCGCGAGCGAUCCCGGGACAGAGAUCGAGAGCGGGAGCAGAGCAGGGACAGAGAGCGGGAGAGGGAAAACAAGAGGGAACGGGAGAGGGAGAGAGAGAGGGAGAGAGGGAGGGAACGGGAGAGAGUCACUGAUUGGCCACCAGACAAGCAAGUGGACUCCCACUCUCAGAGCCAACCGCUCAAGUCACUCCGCCGACUCCUCCAUCUCUCCCCAUCUCCCUCGAACCAAGGGCAGCCUCCUCCUCAGCCUCCUCCGGACCUGCGCUUCCAAGCCCCCCUCCCCAACCCGCCUCAGCCCUCCUCCAAAGCUGGCUACCCAGAAGGCCGAGGGCACACGGAGAGCCGGGGGCAUUCGGGGGUGAGCAGCUCGAGCCAGGCGAAGAACCGCAAGGCCAGCUACACCUUACCGGGACAGAUCGAGUCCACCUGGCACGUGUCAGCUCUACAGCGGGUGGAUGGCGCUCAGUUCACUCCAGAACAACUGGGCAUCAAACCGGGUCAGAACGGUCCAACGUUUACCCGAGCGUCCCGCACCAGGAUGCCCAAUCUCAACGACCUGAAGGAGACAGCCCUGUAACGCCCCUCAACCUCUCUGACGUGGCUCCAUCCGUGGAACCCGGGCCACAGACCUUCACGGCACCAUUGUAAAAGUUCACAAGGAAGCUCUCAUCAUAAGACCACGUUCUCAGUCGGAAAUAUAGUUAUCCGUUGAUUCUCACGUCUUUGAAGUCGACAAAGACCAGAUGUUGACAGGCCAAACAUUAGCAAGGUCUGAUUUGGUGGAAUAACGACAAAGAGGUCCUCGCACCUCUUCAGGAUGUCAGCGCCACAUCAGCUUGUGCUGCUCACGUCAGAACAAGCAGCCCUUUCCUGUCAAGGAGACACUGCCUGUGUGGCCUCUCUGCUGCCAUCUUGUGCUUACAGGACACUACUGCACCAUUUCAGAUGUCGCCGUCGCGCCGGUGGCCAAUAAACUCAAAGGUUUUUCCAAGCACUGAUAUUUGAUAACAAAAAAAUUAGAGAAAGAUUUAUAUCAAUAUUAUUUAUUAAAUAUUUAUUUGUUUUAAAUUUCAAGGAUAUAAGCUAUAAAUGACACAGUAUGUAGGUUAUAUGGGAAUACUAUUAAGACAUUUAGAAUUAAAUGUGUAAUUGCAAGAGCUUUAGUUUCGACAGAGAAAUGAAUAGAUAUUUAUGUGUUGAUAAUAACGUCAAAAGGAAUAUUUAAUGAUGGUGAAUGUCUGUUUAUGUUCAAUAUGAUGAUAUUCACAUAUUUUAUGUUAUCCUAUUUUUACCUGUUUUAUUUCAUCAAACUGUAAAAAAAAUAAAAAAUAAUGAAAAGUGAAAAAUAUCUGACAUUAGAUGUAGUACAGAUAUGUCCAUCACCUUCAUGACAUUAGUUGUGAAGUUGUGUGAUAAUUUGGAAUAUCUGUAGACAGGGUUUGUCGUCAGAUCAACCAGAGGGCCACAGCUCGACUCUGUGCUUUAAAUACACUGGAAAUGAAAAGAUCAAAAGUGUACAUCUUCUUGGUAUAAAGAAAAUGCAGAAUUGUUGUGGUAUAAGAAAUUGACCAAAUAAAUAAUUUCAAAACUAUUUCCACCUUCAACUUGACAUAUAGCCUAUACAGUUAAAAAAAAAA